AUGGAGGCUCCCAAGUCUCUCAUCCUCCUCUUCUUCCUCCUAUUCGCUUUCUACUUCCUCUCCACGUCCAUCGCUGACGAUGGAGCGGCAAUGCUCGCGUUGGCUAAAUCGUUUAGUCAUCCGCCAACAGACUGGUCAGCAACUACCUCGUCUAACAACUACUGCCGAUGGACUGACAUAAGCUGCAUCUCUGGCCGCGUUUCCAUUGUGAAUCUUGAGAAACAUGGUUUAGUCGGGUUUGUUUCUCCGACCAUUGCAAAUCUCACUUCUCUGAAGAGUAUCUACCUUAAUGACAACAAGUUAACCGGCAUUAUACCUAAGGAGUUGACAUUUAUGACUAGUCUACGGUUGAUCGACGUCUCCAACAACAACCUCACCGGGAAAAUACCGAAGUUUCCGGCUUCGGUUAAUUUUAUUUACAAACCUGGUAACUCUUUGCUGGGAACUAUUGCCGGAGAUUCUUCGACAAAACAUGGAACCGGUGGUAGUUGGAGUGUUUUAAUGGCUUGUGUGAUCACUUUCGCAAUCACGAUUUUUCUGUGGAGGUUCUUCGUGAGGCGACUAAAUGGUUUCAAUGAGGAUAACAUAUUGGGAAGCGGUGGUUUUGGUGUUGUGUAUUCCGGAAAAUUACAAGAUGAAACAAAAGUUGCGGUCAAGAGGAUGAACCUUUCAUCAUUGGGUGGUGAAAGAAUGAAACAGUUUGUCGCCGAGGUUUCCUUGCUCGCUAAGGUUAGACACAGACACGUGAUCGCUCUAUUGGGUUACUCUGUGAACGGGGACGAGAGAUUGCUAGUGUACGAGCACAUGUCACAGCGAAAUCUAGGACAUCAUUUGUUCGAGCCAGCUAAACAUGGUUACUUUCCACUGACUUGGAAACAGAGAGUUAGAAUCGCUCUAGACGUGGCACAAGGUGUUGAAUAUCUCCAUAAAUUUGCUCCACAAAGCUCCAUCCACAGAGAUUUGAAGUCCUCAACAUCCUUUUGGGUGAUGACUUGA